AUGGCGAAUCCUCAGUCGGAAGACCCCUUCCUCGAAGUCCAAACUGAUGUCCAGGCAACCCUCCAAUCAACCCGCCACCUAUUCUCUUCCUACCUCCGCAUCCGCACACUAUCAACAUCACCCACAUCUCCAGAACUGCAACAGUCGCGGGCAGACUUACAGUCGAACCUCGAGACUUUGACAGCUGACCUCGCGGACCUACUUGAAUCCGUGUCUGCGGCAGAAACCGACCCCUACAGAUUCGGACUCGAUGUGGCCGAAGUCCAGCGACGGAGACAGUUUGUCAAAGAUGUCGGCGACGAGGUCGAAGGCAUGAGGCGCGAACUUGAGAAUAUAACGGGCGAGACUUCUCAACAUGUUGCCGCUGGGGCAGGAUCCACGGGCCGCCUCCCGUCGACGGUCGCUGGCUCCCGGCUCCCAGCACCAGCGGCCUUUGAAGACGACGACGACGACGACGACUACAACAACGACAACGAUCCUUAUGGCGAAUUCGAAGCCCAACAGCAAGCUACAAUCAUGGCCGAACAGGAUGAACAGCUCGAUGGCGUGUUUCAGACGGUUGGCGUGUUGCGUGGCCAGGCGGAGGAUAUGGGUCGCGAACUCGAGGAGCAGGGUCAAUUGCUCGAUGAGGUUGAUACGUUGGCCGAUCGGGUCGGUGGGAAGUUGAGUGUGGGAGUUAAGAAGGUGAACCAGGUCAUAAGGAAAAACGAGGACACGGUCAGCAGCUGUUGUAUUGCUGUCUUGAUUGUCGUCUUGAUUAUACUGCUGAUUUUGGUUAUUGUGCUUUGA